GACCCGAUAUAUCAGCACAGAGCUGGGUAUGCGGCAGCGUCUCUUUGUGGGUGUGCUGACCUCAAAGAACACAUUGAACUCGCUGGCAGUGGCAGUGAAUCGAACACUAGGCCACCGGCUGGAGCGCCUGAUCUACUUCACGGGCACCCGGGGGCGCAAGGUGCCCCAUGGCAUGACGGUGGUGACGCAUGGAGAUGAGAGGCCCAUAUGGAACAUGUACCAGACUGUCAAAUACAUGAUAGACCAUUACCUGUCAGACUUUGAUUGGGUGUUCCUGGUGCAGGAUGAUACAUACGUCGAAGCCCAUCGGGUGAACCACCUGGCCUCUCAUCUCAGCAUCGACACUCUGCUCUACAUGGGCCGACCAGAGGAGUUCAUUGGUGGGGACACUCAGGGGCACUACUGCUACGGUGGCUUCGGUUACCUGCUUUCCCGAGCUUUGCUCCUGCGUUUGCAGCCUCACUUGGAAAGCUGCCGGAACGAUAUCUUGAGUGCACGCCCCGAUGAAUGGCUGGGCCGCUGUAUCAUUGACUACACAGGAAUAGACUGCGUGGCAGAGCAGGAGGGCUUACGCUACCAUUACUUUGAGCUUGGGAAGAACACAGACCCUGAAAAGGAGAGCGAUCCACAAUUCAAUGCUGCAUUCACUGUUCACCCAGUGCUGGACCCUCUUCAGAUGUAUCGGCUGCACAGGCACUUUGCUCGUGUAGAGCUGGAGCGCACUUAUCAAGAGAUCCAGCAGCUACAGAGUGAAGCUGCUAUGAAAGGGCUGGAAAGAAUUCCAGAAGGCACAUUUGACGAGCUUGUUCUUUCUAAACAGAGAAAUGUUGACAUCUAUAUUUUCCUCUCUGCUGUUUAG